UCUUCAUCUGUAAGUUCUGCUCAUAACCCAGAAGAAACUCAAUUCUCUUCUCUUCUCCUUUCUCAUAUUCCUUUUGUUCAGCAGAGACAUGGACAAACUCAUUCAUCUGAUCUUACUCUCUGGUCUUGUUUGUAUUCCAGGUAGUUUGGCAGACAAUUUAGCAUUGAAAGGAACAGUGACACAGUCAUCUACACAGUCUGCCUGGGUAGCUCAACGUGCCAUAGAUGGUAAAAGAUACGGAUCUGCAUUCUGCUCUGCUACAGCCAAUGAGAGUAACCCAUGGUGGAGGUUGGAUCUCUUGGAUGUUUAUAACAUUAGUACAGUGAUCAUCACUGCUCGAUCAGACUGCUGUCCUGAACGAAUCAAUGGAGCAGAGAUUCGUAUUGGAAACUCACUGGACAACAAUGGAAACAACAAUCCCAUAUGUGCUGUAACUUCUGGUUUUCUAGCUGGUCACACCAUCAGUUACUCGUGUCAUGGGAUGGAGGGACGUUAUGUGAAUGUGGUCAUGACUGGAAUUACAUCUCAUCUCGCUCUGUGCGAGGUGGAGGUCUUUGGAACAGAGAAUUUAGCAUUGAAGGGAACAGUUACACAGUCAUCUACAUAUUACACCAUGGUAGCUCAACAUGCCAUAGAUGGUAAAAGAUACGGCCCAGGUCCAUACUGCUUUGCUACAUCAACUCAAAGUGACCCAUGGUGGAGGUUGGAUCUUCUGGAAGUUGUUAACAUUAGUACAGUGGUCAUCACUGCUCUUAACAACCUGUUUUAUCAAACCAGUGGAGCAGAGAUUCGUAUUGGAAACUCACUGGACAACAAUGGAAACAACAAUACCAUAUGUGCUGUAACACCUGAUCCUCUAACUGAGAAUACUGUCAGUUACUCAUGUCAUGGGAUGGAGGGACGUUAUGUGAAUGUGGUCAUGACUGGACAGACAAAUAAUCUUGCUCUGUGUGAGGUGGAGGUCUAUGGAACAGAGAAUUUAGCAUUCAGAGGAGCAGCUACACAUUCAUCUACCCCCUGGGAAGCUCCACGUGCCAUAGAUGGUGAAAGAUACGGCCUAGAUACUUAUACAUACUGCUCUGCUACAACAUCUGAGAGUAACCCAUGGUGGAGGUUGGCUAUUCAGGAUUAUUAUGACAUUGAUACAGUCAUCAUCACUGCUAGAUCAGACUGCUGUGAGGAUCAAACCAACGGAGCAGAGAUUCGUAUUGGAAACUCACUGGAAAACAACGGAAACAACAAUCCCAUAUGUGCUGUGACUUCUGGUUUUCUAAACGGUAACACCGUCAGUUACUCAUGUCAUGGGAUGAUGGGACGUUAUGUGAAUGUGGUCAUGACUGGAAGCACAUCUGCUCUGGCUCUAUGUGAAGUGGAGGUCUAUGGAAAACACCACAUGAGAAAAAUCUUUCUACGGCUGAAGUUCUCCUCCAGUGUUGAUGUAGCUGCUGAGAGCGAUGAAGUCCUCCAUCAGCUGCAGUCUGCUCUGGCAUCACACAUCUCUGAUUUUAAUCUGUCCUGGACACAACUACCUGAGAGAGAAGAAGAGGAACAGACGGAGGACGGAGGCGAGUACAAUUCAGUUCAAUUCACUUCAUUUAAUCCUGCAUUGUCUCAAAGCAGCUUUACAGAAAAGAAAGAAGAACAGAAAGAGGCAGAAAACCGUACAGUACACAAAUAG